UCACGGGAGAACCUUCAAUCAUCGAUCCCAGAGAAUAAUGCAAAAUUCCCCCUCCUUCAUCCCUCUGAUGCGUUUCACUUGCGCUCAACAGAUCCACAACAACAACCUGAUACAUUAAAAUAUUAAUCACCCACUUAUCUAUUGGCGAUUGUUCCUCACAGCAUCUAAGUCGCAAGUGAUUUAACUCUCCACAACACUCAGCCAGUCUCCAACCACACAUUCUUGAACUAAGUUCGCAUAUAAAUUAAGGCACAAAACUCAAAAUUCUGUGCCACCCACAACACAAGGUAAUCUAGUUCGAGUAUUGAAAUGAAAUCCCAUUUGGUCCUCUUCUUGUUCCUUAUAGUCACCUUCACUGGCAACACUCUCUCAGCCAAUCCCCAAUCUACUUCUCAGGUUCCUCAACAUGACCAAUUGACCCAGCAGAAAAGGCUUGAUAAUGAGACCAUAUACAGGGUUUCAAAGCAAUUAUGCUGGGGCUGCAUUGCAGAGUCACUAGAAUUCUUGUUCAGGCAUAACAUGGUUAGAGCAGUAAAGUGGGAGCUUCCACUUGUGUGGGACUUUCAGCUUGAGCAAUAUGCAAGGUGGUGGGCUACCCAAAGGAAAGCAGAUUGCAAGCUUGAACAUUCUUUCCCAGAAAAUGAUUUCAAGUUGGGAGAGAACAUAUAUUGGGGUAGUGGCUCAACAUGGACGCCAACGGAUGCUGUAAGAACAUGGGCCGAUGAAGAGAAAUACUACACGUACGCGACUAACACUUGUGAAGCUGGCCAGAUGUGUGGCCAUUACACUCAAAUUGUGUGGAAGAGCACCAGAAGGAUUGGAUGUGCACGUGCUGUAUGUGAUAGUGGAGAUGUGUUCAUGACUUGUAACUAUGACCCUGUCGGCAAUUAUGUUGGAGAGCGACCAUAUUAAAAUUAUUACGUGCUAUGUAUACCUGCAUUUUUAUAUGUAGCUCGAUUGGAAUUCGUAUUAGAAGGUACAGUGCUUAUGUUAUGGAGAAUUUAGUUCCUCAUAUGAGUCCUUAGCAGUAAGUAUAUUGGUAUAAAUUGUAGGAAUGCAUAUAUAUGUGGGAAGUGGGAAUGAUUAUGGGUUUGGCUUUAAUCAUUAAUUAGUUCUUGAAACAAUUAAUAAGUUAAAAGUAACAAGAAAGUAAAGGGUAUCAUUAGUUGGGGACCGUUGCUGCUUGAGGUUAUGUUCGUUAGUUGAGUCGAGACUGAAAUAAAAUAUUUAUC